CUGAAAGAUCUUUCCUCCCCUUCCUUGGAGGGCCCUGGGGUGAGGGGGGGGCUGGGCUGCUCCCCCACCAUGGAGGCCUCUGGCUGGGCCCUGGGACUUCUGCCGCUGCUGCUGUUUCUCCCUGGAGCUAAAGGCCAGACCCAGGUGUGCUCUGUGAACCAGAAUUUGUUCUCUGUGAAAGAGAAUGAAGUCCCUACAGAACCCCUAGCCAACGUCACUGCACCCGUAGGGCAGAUGGUGGUUGUGAGUGAUUUGUCCAAUCCUGCGGACAUCUUCAAGAUUGCAAAUGGUGAGCUGAGGCUCACCAGGGCACCCGAUUAUGAGACACAUACUGUGUUGACUGCAAUCCUGGAGUGCAAGGAGGGGUCUCAUGUGGUGACCAGGCUGCCUGUGAUUGUGGUGGUCAUCAAUGUCAAUGACAUGACUCCCGAGUUUCCCUUUUCUAGCAAGACCUGGAAUGUUAGUGAGAACACCAACGUGGGGACCACUGUCAUCCCAGCCACGGAACUGACGGCAACAGACAAAGAUGGCGACACACUCUUCUACAGUCUCUUAGGGAAAAAUCCCCCGGAUGCAGAGUUGUUUUUCUCCCUGGCUGGAGUUAACUUCCCUGCCCUGCGGCUGGCCCAGACUCUGGACUAUGAGAAGAACCCAAUCAUGGUCCUCCACCUUCUGGCCAGGGACACCCCAAAGCCACAAGAGGAGCCUAGCCACACCGCCACGGCCACAAUCACAAUCCAAGUGUUGGCUGCAGACAUACGCCCUCCAUGGUUCUUACCCUGUGUGUUCACUGAUGGACGAAUCUGCAUCCAUGCCCAGUACCGAGGAGCUGUGCCCACUGGCUCUGUCCUGACAGAACCCCUGACCUUCGAACCUGGGCCCGUGUACGCUAUAGAUGGAGACACUUCCAUCAAUGAACCAAUCAGAUACAGCAUUAUUCGGGGGAAUACAGACAAUACAUUUCAGAUUGGCGUAGACUCAGGCAACAUCACCAUGGCCAAAGCUGUCCCUGUCCCCGAGACUUUCAACCUGCUGGUCCAGGCUCAACAACAGUGGAACACAGGAAGCUAUUCUGUGACUCAGGUCACCAUUCAGGCAGUGGCUGGGCAGCUGCACCCACCUCGAUUCCCCCAGGCCCUAUACCGAGGCUGGCUGCCCCCAGGCACUGGCAUCAAUGUGGCUGUGAAGGACGCAGAAGACCCUGAUAGGGAGCUGAGGCUCAGAGCUGAGGAUGAUGACUUCCCAGCAGGUGCGCCCAAUUCAGGCCUUCGGUACCAAAUCGCCAAUAGCUCAGCCUUCCGUAUGUCGGGGGAGGUUGUGCUGACCAAUGACAUCGUGGGGCCCCCGCAGGUGCUUUACCUGCAGGCUGAGGUCUUGGAUGAGCUGACCUCCGAGAAAGACACGACCACCAUUGAAAUCCUUGUUCAGGACACAAAGCCCACCCCUCCAGGAGACCAGGAGCAGCAGGGGUCCACGGUGAACGAGAUGGCCAUCGUGGGAGGGGUGCUGGGAGCCCUGCUCCUAGUGACCCUCAUACUGCUGGCAGUCUUCAUCUACAAGCGCAAUAAGUGCCAGAAGUCUGAUCUCAGCAGCAUGCAUGGGACUGACUUAAAGGCCUCAGGCUAUGAUAAUAAAUCAUUCCAAGCUCAGGAGUCACCCAACGGGUCUGCCUUUUCCAGCCCUAGCCCAGAGCCAGGGCCCGAGCCUCAGCCCCUCGAGGAUGACCCUCCAGAAGGGCCUGGCAAUGGCCCAGCCCCUUGUAUGCCUGAGCUCGAGAUGGCUGGCCCUGAGGUCAGAGAGGCCAAGGAGGAGAUGGGCGAGGACCCAGAGCAGGGGAGCCCCAGGACCGGGAAAGAGGGGCCUGUGAGGUCCAUCCUAACCAAGGAACGGAAGUCAGAGGAUGGAGGGUACAAAGCCGUGUGGUUUGGGGGGGACAUCGGUGCCCAGGUGGACGUGGUGGUCAUCAACAGCCCAGCGCCCGAGGAGCCCCACUCGCUCUUGGUGGGGCCUGAAGAGCCCAAGGAGAGCACCGUGGAAGAGAAUGAGAGUGGGGACAGGGAAACAGAGGCAUAGCCUCCAUUGGUGGCUGGGGCCGACAGCCCACUCUCGGCAGGGCCUGAGUCCCAGCUGAGGUCUCUGGGCUCCCCUUCUAUGGCUUGGACAUGGGGGGGUCACACAGACCGAGCUGUCCCCCACCCCCACGUCAGUACUUAGCCCUCCUGGGCCCCUUGUGCCCUUGUGUAUUCCCGGGUCAGUCUCUGGCC